AUGUCAGGCUUGAACCAAUCAAACUUCAGAGUGCAGGAGUUUGUUCUUUUUGGAUUUCCUGGGCUACAGGACAAAGAAAGCAAGAACAUCCUUCUGGCCGUCUUCCUGGCUGUUUAUUCUCUGAUUCUACUUGGCAACGUUCUCAUCAUUGUAAUCCUUUUACUGGACGAGGGCCUGUAUAUUCCUAUGUAUCUGCUCAUUUUAAAUCUCGCCAUUCUAGAUAUUGCAAUCUCAUCUAUCACUGUCCCAAAACUGUUAACCGCCCUAAUGUUUAAUGACAAUAUCAUUUCUUUUGCUGGAUGCUUUAUCAUCAUGUCGGUAGUCAAAAUUACCACCUCCGAAGGCCGUUCAAAAGCCUUUUCCACAUGUGGAACACAUCUGCUCGUCAUUUGUGUCUUCUUUCUACUGGCUGUCUUCAUUAUCCUCUCCUAUAGAAUCCCUGGUGUGUCGGCAGAUGCACGCAUCAUGGUAUCCGUGCUUCAGAGUGUAAUCCCUUCUUUAGCCAACCCUAUCAUUUACUGCUUGAGGUCCAAAGAGAUCAGAGAAAGUUUUGGGAAAACUCUCAAGAAGAUUCAAAUACUGCCAGGUGGUUUCUGA